GUUCCAACCACCAUCCUCAAAUUGACAAAUACAACAACAAACUUCAGGUUUUGCUACUUAUUCAAGACCUCUAGAAACUUUCAAUCCCUAAAAUAUUUCUCAAAUCUCUGAUUGCAAUGGACCGUGAAACAUGGUCUGCAUUGCCGCCGGAGCUGGUACUGUCUAUCGCAGAGCGGCUCGAAACAAGAACAGACAUUAUGCAGAUCCGGACAGUCUGUCAGACAUGGAGGAGUUCUGUUCCUUUAUCUAUGCUCUCCUCUAGAAACUUUCUGUCUCCUCUCUUUCCGUACAGAGGUAUGAGCCAUUCUUCAGUUUUAGUGGCAAAUUCUGUUUUUCUUCUGCAAUCAGAUGUGGGUUGUGAGCACCGAUCGUUGUUGAUCUCCGUGGAGGAGCUUAACCCUGGUAAGCUCUAUGUCAGAGCACCCCUUUCUCGAGUUGUUACUAGAGUGCUGCCUAUUGGUUCCCCGAAUAGUUUUGGUUGGUCUGAUUUUCAGGAAUUAGGUAGAUUUUAUACUCUUAGAAGGGUGGAUAGGCCUGAAGAUAUGUUCUCUGAGAAGAGAUUAACUGAAUAUGAUAAUAAGGUGGUUUUGUUUGUGGAUCCAAAUUGUGAAACUUGUCCAACCAUUGAUGAUUGUACUGUCAUAGAGUUGUAUGAUCAGGUAGAUUAUUUAUCUGUUACAAGGCUUAAAGAUGGUGAAACACAGCAAGUGUAUUUCAAGGGAAGGGAAUUUGAUGAUUUGGUGAGUUUUAGUGGAAGGGUUUAUGCAGUUGAUUAUGAAGGUAGAGUCUGUUCAAUGGAUUAUCAAUCGUUAAAUAUGUCGAGUGUAAGUGAAGAUCCAUUGCCCGGUGGAUCUAGAAGCAAUUACAAGAAACGUUUUGCUGUAUCAUCUGGAGAACUCUAUUUAAUUUUAAGACGGUGUCAGAUUGGUGAUCAUGAUGCAGCCUUUAAGGUUUUUAAGUUGAAUCAGGAGAAGCAGAAAUGGGAUAGCAUUGAAGGUAUAGGUGAUGACAGGAUACUGUUUGUGACCUUUGAUGGGUGCUUCUUUGCCUUGGCUAAGGAUCUUCCAGGAUGGAAAGGAAAUAGCAUUGUAUUCCGUAGAGGAAGUUUCCCUGAGUAUUCUGGUAUAAGAGAUUUUGAUUCUAAAAUCUUUGAGACAUGGAAGCUCCAUCUUGAUGUUGCUGUUUUUAAUUUCGGAGAUGGUGAUUGUAGGCCUUUAGAAACUUGUCCAGGAUAUUCCUCUGUCUUCUGGUCACAUCUGCCAUGGUGUAAAGCAGAUAAUUGUUUGUGCAACAGAGGGUUGAGAAUACCCUCAACUUAUAUGAAACAGCUCUGAAAAAUAUAGCUACUACAUGCUUAAGCUUAAUAGCUGUCUUUUCCUAGAUCAGAAGAACAGAGUUCAUGUAAUAUGCUGACUCUAAGAAGGCUUUUUCUGUGGUAAAUUCUUAUUCAGAAGUGAUUCUGAAGAAGCAGAAGAGGAAGAAGGCGAUUGAGAAGUAGAUCAAACAUUGUCUGCCAUCAGCUACAUACUUCAUUAUAAAUAGUGUGACAGGACUGCCAUUAGUUAUAUAUUCCGGUAUUGUCCCAUGAGCAGGAUGUUUCUGCUCAUUUUUUAGGAGACAUGGCAAAUACUUUUUUUCUACUUACUGUAGUAAUGCCGAAAUUUUUAUCUGCUUUAAGAAAUCUGUAUGUCAGCUUAUAACUCUUAAUGAUGCAUAAUUACUUUAAUACUGUGAAUGUGUGAGAGAUUUUGUUUGUGUUCUACCCUUUUUUUUUAUAUA